AUGGCGGAAGGUUACAAGUAUAAGUGCUGCGAGGAGGGCGAGAAUUACGAUGCAAGCGUUCGGUGCAAUCGGUGUGGAGAUUGGUAUCAUUUUUCCUGCGUUAAUGUUCAAGACAGCGUAUCAGAAAGUGUUUGGUUCUGCGUAAAAUGUAUAACGGACGAGCCAUCGCUUUUGGAAUCGUUCGCUUCGGCAGGGAAUACAAAAACUCGUCGUGGUCCCCCGCCUAAGAAAGGUCAGGUCGAGCAACAGGAUGAUAGGCAGGCAGUUAGAUCGGAUGCUAGAACAGAAAGCACGUAUACCGGCGCCAUUAGAAAGUCUCUUUUACGUUUCCCAGAUACCAAUGCUUCUGUUAUUGGAACGCGGAGUGAAGAUAAAAAAAGUGAGUGCAGUGCAAGUAGUGCUGGUAGCAGGUCGUCAAAGGCUUCAACGCGUGAGAAGGCAAAGCGUGAGCUACAACGGUUGCAAGAAGAGAGCACGCAAAGGCGCCAAGAAGAAGAAAUUGAGCGAAAAUUAUUGGAGAUGGAGCUGAAAGGAAUCAGGCGUGAGAAGGAGCUCAUGGAACGCAGACAUGUUUUAGAAAGGCUUGCGGAAGAAGAAACUGAACCCGAAGGCGAUUCCAGCGAGGAUGAAGAGUAUAAUCUCCGGAAAAGAGUUGAAGAUUGGCAAAAGGAUUCCGAGGUGGAUCGAAGCGAAACGACGUACGAACAGCGAAAACAAUCGACACCUAAGGAAGAGGACCGUCAAGAAAAGGAAAUUUCUGGAUGUGAAAUAGCUUGUGGUGGAAUUGGUUUGCCAGAUAUAAGUAGCGUCGCAUCGAAGUCUUUUAAAGGUACGGCUUUAAGCACUACAAAACUCUCCGAUGGCGCAACUCAGCUGCAGAUAAUCGCGUCUAGGCAAGUUUACCCAAAGAGCUUGCCGAAAUUCUCAGGUCGACCCGAAGAAUGGCCAAUAUUCAUAAGCUCAUAUGAACAAUCGAAUACAGCCUGCGGAUUUAGUGAUUCAGAGAAUCUGGUUCGUCUACGCGAGGCUUUGACUGGAAAGGCAUUGGACGUGGUGCGGAAUCGUUUACUUCUUCCAGAAAACGUUCCUUUCAUAAUUGAAAAGUUACGCAGACGUUUUGGAAACCCCGAAGUUCUUUCAACGAUAUUGGCCGAUCGUAUACAGACCCUUCCGGGCCCCAACUCAGAAGAUCUGGAGUCUGUUAUUGAGUUUGGGAGUGCCGUUGAGGAGGUUACUCAGCACAUGAAAGCAGCGAAAUUGACAGAUCAUCUUCGAAAUCCUAUCUUGAUGCAGCGGUUGGUUCAGAAGCUACCCUCGGUCUACGCAAUGGAAUGGGUGGAGUUCAAGCGAAAACGGAUAGCGGUGGAUCUGGAGGUGUUCGGAGAAUUUAUGGAAGAGUUGGUGGACAAAGCGCUGGAGGUAACAUAUGCGCCGUGCAACAUUGAAGACCCGGUGAGAGGGAGACGGCGUGAAAAACCGGUGGUUAAAGGAUUUGUCAACAUUACGGAUACUGAUGGUCACAAGUGCUGUACAUGCAGUCAACAGGAGUUUGAAAAUGUUCCUCCGUCUAGAACAGCUGUCUCUUCCGAAAACUAUCACUCUAAGGGCUGCUCGAUUUGCGGGUUGGCAGGACAUUUUGGACGCAAUUGCAAUGAAUUCAGAGCAUCGAAUUUGCAGGAACGUUGGAACAUGGUACAGCGGUUAGAGUUGUGCCCAUUGUGCCUGUACAACCAUAACGGGAAACAUUGCAUGUCAAAACGCCGAUGUGGUACGAAUCGUUGUGAUCAGAGACAUCAUCCACUCUUACACUGGGAGUCAAAUUCAAACGCACCGCAUUUGAUUGCGAGCUGCAACAGUCAUCGACAGUCAGUCAUAUUUCGAAUGAUUCCUGUAGUGGUUUACAGCGACCUAAAAAAACUGAAGGCGUUAGCGCUGAUAGACGAAGGAUCAUCAGUGACACUGAUUGAGGACGAACUAGCUAAGGAGUUGGGAUCAAAAGGAAACAUAGAACCUCUGGAAAUGAGUUGGACCAACGGAAUGAGUACGGUGGAGAAUCGAUCAGCUAAAAUACACCUUCAAAUAUCGGCUGUAGAUGACAUGAACCGCUUCGAUCUGAUUGAUGCUAGAACCGUCCGUAAACUGGACUUACCCAUGCAAUGUUUGGACAGCGGUGAGCUGCGUGAGAAAUUCUUACACCUGCGGGACAUUGAAAUCCCAAGCUACGGGUCAACAAAGCCGAAGUUGUUGAUUGGAAUCAACAAUGCUCAUCUUAUCGCCCCGCUUCAAUCCCGAAUAGGAGAGUUAGGAGAACCCGUCGCUAUACAAUGUCGGCUAGGAUGGAGUUUGUACGGACCACGAACAGGUGUAGUAGCCAAUGUACAUUUCUUGGGACAUCACCGCUCCUGCGACGAGUGCGAUAGAAACGACCGAGAAAUGAAUGAGACCUUGAAAGAAUAUUUUAGCAUCGAAGCAGUUGGGAUAUCUCCAGUUCUGCUGGAAUCGAACGUAGACCGGCGAGCACGCGAAAUAUUGGAGCGAACGACAAGACGUACAGGAGAUCGUUUCGAAUCUGGGUUGCUGUGGAAAACAGCCAACGUGAGGUUCCCGGAGAGUUAUCAAAUGGCUUUGAAACGAACAAAUAGCUUGGAUCGUAGAAUGGAUAAGCAGCCGGGCAGCUAG